AUGUCUGAUGUUAAUGGCUCGGACAUAAUAUCAUCGCGUUUCGACCUUCUUGACUUGACGACCUCUAACGAUUACGCUAACGCUUCUAAAAACCUAUCUAGUCUGUCAGAAUUGUCACCUCCCAUUGAUUCUCAUCAGCCUAUUCAAAAACAAUCAUUUUCUAGCUCCUCUUCAACUGCUUCUCAUUCCUCUUUUUCUACUGAAACCGACUGUACUUCCAACAACCUCUCAGAGUCAAGUCCUUCCAAGGUUCCGAUUUCAGCUAUUAUGUCUUAUAAUGAGAAACAGCACCAACAAAAGCAGUCGUCUCCCUUGGUUUAUGAGCAGGAAAAUCAAAGCGACGAAAUUCCUUCUGGAAUCCCAUUAGCUGGUGAUCUUGACGAGGAUACUAUUUCAGAAUCGAUUUCUUCUGAGUCGCUCUCUACAAAACCGAUUACUAGUAAUAUUCUUGACACUCCUCGCCGAGUUAGUGACAACUACAAAAAUUUUCCAGCUGACAGCACUCCUACUCAUAGUACCUCUAGUUUUCUUCCUCUUGAAUUGUCUUUUGCUAACGAUGACUUUUCUUCUCUGAUUCUAAAGGAUUUUUCUCGCUCAACCUUUAACUUUUCACAGCCUCCUCUCCCAGGAUCACUUCCUACGACUGAGUCUUCUUUGGGGCGUAAAAACACCAUCUCGGUCAAAGGAAAGGUAUCUACUACUACUACUCAAAGUCAAACGUCUCCAAAUGUUUUUGAACGUAUGCGCUCUAUUCGUGUGUCGACUGCUAGAUCUGUAUCAGGUUCUUCACGCUCUGCAGAGCUGGAGCCUACGUUAAAGGAUGAAAUCAAUCCUGAGACACCCGUUUCCCCAGUUGUCUCAGUCAUUGAAUCUUCAAAUCCUUUUGAAGCUACUUCGGUGGAGCGUGGCAAUAGCGUUAGCAGCAAUUUUACUACCUGGAGUUCCAGCACUAGCUCUUCAAAAAAUCCACAAAUUAACAAAAAUCUUUUACCACCUUCUCAAACAUCUCUUAAUAUUCUUUCUUCUCCAUCACGUACACCAUCAACCACUUCUUCCACUUCUAAUGGGUCCUUUGAUUCUCAUAUAGCUGCCCAGCUUUGUACUAUCCCUAGCCCAGUAUUAAAUGCAAUUUCAUUUUCACCUCCAACAAAUGCAGUGAUUGUUUCUACGGAAGAUAAUGAAGAUGUGGAUGCGAUUUCAAUUUUUUCUGAGCAAUCUGAAACUCAUCUUGGACGUGGACGAAGCUUUCGCACUGCUUCUGCUGAAACUCACUCUAAAAAGAGUUUAAAUGAAGAAAAUGAGCUGAAUGAAGAUGAUUCUAGGGCUGAUGUUGUCGAAGAAAAGAAAGAUGAAAAUUCAUCAAAAGAAAAAACAUCAGAAACUGAUAUUGACCCUGAAGACAGAGGUCGCUUAUUUGUUCGUGUUGAAGGUCUUCAGAAUCUGCAACUUCCCAUUCUUUCUCAUCGCAAUCCUAGAUUUAACAUGACGCUUGAUAAUGGAGUUCAGAGCGUAACAAUUGACUCAUUACCUAUUACAGCAACUAAUCCUGGUGUUAAUCAGGAGUUUGAACUAGUUGUUGGAGAAGAUCUUCAAUUUAUUCUCACAUUUCAAGCUUUUCAGGAUCCUGCUAAAAACACACCUCCACUGAAAACUGAAGAGGAAAUCCGAGCUGAAAGAGAAAGGGAAAGAAUUGAAAUGCAAAAGGAAGCUGAAGAAGAAAGGAAACGCUUAUUGCUUCAGGGACAAGAAAGAUUGCGCCGAGAGAAAGAAGCUAGAGAUGCGGAAGCCGCAGCUGCAGCUGCAUCUCAGCCUACCACACCUCAAGGAAGCCCUAAGAAACAAAGCAAGUUUAGAUCUAUUUUUUCUUCUCCAAAGAAAAAGCAUUCAGCUGCCCUUUCUGCUGCUUCUCAACAGGGGCUUUCACAAAACGCAAUUCGUUCUACUACUACCACUCGUGCUAUUCAAAAUACCACUGCUUUAAGAACUAGAGAUCUUGCCGCUCCGCCAAAACUUAACAUUCUUAAACCCUCUAUUUCUAAACCUUCACCACCUGCUAAGAAACCAAAAGAUAUUUGGGAAGGUCUGGUAGGACCUCAUGGCGAGUUUGGUAGAUGUUAUCUUGUUGAAUCACAAUAUGAAAAAGAAGUGUACGGUCGCUCUCGUACUUUCAAUAUUACUUUGUACAAUGAAUGGGCUUAUAAAGAGGUGACAAUGUUUGACAUGAACAAGGAAAACACCAAAUCGAAUGGGUCAGAUAUUUCUACCGGUAGCGACUCUCUUUUCCCCCACGCUGGUUCGACAUCAAACUCCCUUAUUAUCAAAAAGGUGCCACUCGAACCAUCGAAAAUUGCAUCUUUGCAAAUUACGUUUAUGUACAUUCCGCGUGCAACUAUGGGUGGAAAGCUUCCUCCCAGUAUGAAAGCUGCUAUCCGUGAAUUAUCUUUGAUGAAAACCUACAAAAGUAUUUCAUUAGAUGGAUACUUGUCACAAGAAGGAGGCGAUUGCAAUUACUGGAGACGAAGAUGGUUUACACUCCGUGGCGCCGAACUUGUGGGUCAUACAGAAGAUACAAAAAAAGUUCGAAGUGUGAUGAACCUUACAAAUGUAUCAUCUAUUGUUGACUUUGAUCAGAUGUCUCCUCAAGAUAAACGUGAGAUGAUGGCUAGUUGUUUAUAUUAUGAUCGUGCAUUUAGAGUGACCUUUAAGGACGGAGAAGAAAUCACAUUUUAUGCUGACUCUAUUGAUUCCAAGGAUGCCUGGUUUGAGGCCCUCAAUAUUUCAGUAACCUAUUGCACUGGCAACUCUUAUGAAUGGACUGAUGUUGUUAUUGGUUAUCACGAGUAUGAAAAGAUGAAACUAGCUGAACAAAGAUCUGCCAGAGUUCAAUCUUAG